CGUCGCGGGCUGGCAGCCGCCUUGGGUCGCCCAGGAAAGCUGCGAGACUGAGGGCGACAGCGGGUGAGCGCAGGUCCGGCUGUCGCCUCCGAUCCCCGCGCAGUCCGCGUCCCGGUGCUGCCCUGCAGAUUGCUCAGUUAGCAAGUGGAUGUGCGGGGUAACAUGUCCAGUGUGUCUGAGGAGAGAAGAAAAAGGCAGCACAACAUUAAGGAAGGUCUACAGUUCAUCCAGUCUCCGCUGUCAUAUCCAGGGACCCAGGAGCAAUAUGCGGUAUAUUUGCAUGCUCUUGUGAGAAAUCUUUUUAAUGAAGGAAAUGAUAUUUAUCGGGAAUGUGAUUGGAGUAGCUCUCUAAGUCAGUACUCAGAAGCUUUGAGUAUAGCUGAUUAUGCAAAGUCUGAAGAAAUUUUAAUUCCCAAAGAAAUCAUCGAAAAACUUCAUAUAAAUCGUAUUGCCUGCUAUUCUAAUAUGGGUUUCCAUGAUAAAGUUUUAGAAGAUUGUAAUGCUGUCCUCAGUAUUAAUGCCAGUAACUGCAAGGCUCUGUAUCGGAAGUCUAAGGCUUUGAGUGACUUAGGACGUUACAGAGAGGCCUAUGACGCUGUAGCAAAAUGCUCCUUAGCAGUGCCUCAGGAUGAACAUGUAAUAAAAUUAACUCAAGAAUUAGCUCAGAAAUUGGGAUUUAAAAUAAGGAAAGCAUAUGUUAGAGCUGAGCUCUCAUUGAAACCAGUUCCUGGAGAUGGGGCUGCCAAGGCUGUGAACUAUUCUGUGGAAGAUAUUGAGCCAGAUUUAUUAACCCCAAGGCAAGAAGUGCUUCCGGUUGUCUCCUUUCCUACAUCCAGUUUUCCUCGUGAUAUUGGGAGUGAGCUGGCCUCAGUUCCUGUUAUGCCUAUAACUUCUGUUUUGCAACUGCAAGUGGAUGAGAACCCACUGCCAUCCACAGUGUUUGCAAAUGGAGGGAAGGGCCCCUUCACACUGCCAGACACCUUUGUAGAUGAUGGAGACAUUGUCCUUGGGGAUGACAUAGAUGAUCUCCUUGAUUCGGCCCCAGAAACAAAUGAUGCUGUCAUGCCCUCCUCCACCCUGGGCAGAAGCUCCCUCCCGACAGCCAGUGUGGUUCCUAGCUUGCCUUUCAGGACAACAGCGUCCCUGCUCGGAACCUUGCCUAUUGGUGCGAGGUAUGCUCCUCCGCCCUCCUUUGCAGAGUUGUAUCCACCUCUGACCUCAACCUUGGAAGACUUCUGUUCUUCUUUAAAUUCAUUUUCAGUGACUGAGUCCAAACGAGAUCUGUCCACCUCAACUGCUAGAGAGGGAACAACGCUUACCAACAGUAAUUCCUCCCUUUUACUUAUGAAUGGACCAGGUAGUUUGUUUCCCUCUGAAAAUUUCCUGGGAAUUGCAAGUCAGCCUAGAAAUGACUUUGGAAACUUAUUUGGAAGUGUGAUUGCUAAACCAUUUUCAUCAGGGACUCCUAGGCACCCCCUCGAAGGAACCCAUGAGCUGAGACAAGCUUGCCAGAUCUGCUUCAUAAAAUCAGGCCCGAAGUUAAUGGAUUUCACUUACCAUGCUAAUCUAGAUCAUAAAUGUAAAAAAGAUAUUUUAAUUGGUAGGAUAAAAAAUGUUGAAGAUAAAUCAUGGAAAAAAAUACGCCCAAGACCAACAAAAACAAAUUAUGAAGGACCGUAUUAUAUAUGUAAAGAUGUUGCUGCAGAGGAUGAAUGUCGAUAUUCUGGCCACUGUACAUUCGCUUAUUGCCAAGAAGAGAUAGAUGUGUGGACUCUGGAAAGAAAAGGGGCGUUCAGCCGAGAAGCUUUCUUUGGGGGCAAUGGAAAGAUCAGCCUUACUGUAGUCAAACUUCUUCAAGAGCAUCUUGGAGAGUUUACAUUCCUUUGUGAGAAAUGUUUUGAUCAUAAACCUCGAAUGAUAAGUAAAAGGAAUAAAGAUAAUUCCACUGCUUGUUCUCACCCAGUUACAAAGCAUGAAUUUGAGGACAAUAAGUGCCUUGUCCACAUUUUAAGAGAGACCACAGUAAAAUAUUCCAAAAUACGUUCCUUUCAUAGUCAGUGUCAGCUUGACCUGUGCCGGCAUGAGGUCCGCCACGGCUGCUUACGGGAAGAUGGGUGCUUCUACGCCCACAGUCUUAUUGAAUUGAAGGUCUGGAUAAUGCAAAACGAAAGAGGUAUCUCCCAUGAUGUCAUUGCUCAAGAAUCCAAACAAUAUUGGAGAAGUUUGGAAGCAGGCAUGCCUGGAGCUCAGGUGCUUGGCAAUCAGAUAAUGCCUGGAUUACUUAAUAUGGAGAUAAAGUUUGUCUGUGCUCAGUGUCUGAGAAACGGCCAAGUCAUUGAACCAGACAAGAACAGAAAGUACUGCAGCGCCAAGGCCCAGCACUCGUGGACCAAAGAACGCCGUGCAAUGAGAGCAAUGUCUUUUGAACGUAAGAAGUGGAUGAACAUCCGUCCUCUCCCUACAAAGAAACAAAUGCCUUUACAGUUUGAUCUAUGCAACCAUGUUGCUUCUGGGAAAAAAUGUCAGUAUGUUGGCAACUGUUCCUUUGCUCACAGUCCUGAAGAACGUGAAGUGUGGACUUACAUGAAGGAUAAUAGAAUACAUGAUAUAGAGCAAUUUUAUGAACUCUGGCUGAAGAAUCAAAAAAGUGAAAAAAGUGAUGAUGUAGCCGGUCACUCUAACAAAGAAAAUGGGAAACAGAUCCACAUGCCGACAGAUUAUGCUGAAAUUACUGUGGACUUCCACUGCUGGAUGUGUGGGAAGAACUGUAACAGUGAGAAGCAAUGGCAAGGCCAUAUCUCCUCUGAAAAGCACAAAGAGAAGGUUUUCCACACUGAAGAUGACCAGUACUGCUGGCAGCACCGCUUCCCCACUGGGAACUUCAGUAUUUGUGAGAGGUAUAUGAAUGGGUCCUGCACAGAAGGAGGCAGCUGUAAAUUUGCACAUGGAAACGCUGAACUUCAUGAAUGGAAAGAAAGAAGAAAGGCCCUAGAGAUGAAACUCAGCAAAGCACGAAAAGAUCACUUAAUUGCCCCAAAUGAUAAUGACUUUGGAAAAUAUAGUUUUUUGUUUAAAGAUUUAAACUAAUGCGCUGGCUUUCAUGUAACCCAAUCCGAGCACUGACCAGAGCAAUUGAAGUGUUGAAAAGCACGUAGCAGAGGAGCCGCAGGUUUUCUGCCUGAUUGGCAUCUAUGGUUCCUCCUGGGCAGCAACCCACAGUAGAUAGGAAAAUGGCUGUUUGACAGGCCUGGCCAAGCUCUCACGGAGCCACUGCCUCAGAUGGCAAAGUGACUUGCUGCUGGUUGCUGUCUGUUGGACAGACUUUUGGAUGAGGUGUGUUGGGGAAGAAGGUAAGGUUUGCGUCUAGGAUGACUCUCUGAGUUGGUCCAUCAGAUAAAAACCAUGACCAUGAGAGAAUAAAUGUACACUGGGAUCAGAAUAUAUAAUGGAUGAAAUUCUUUACCUGUUUAGUGGAACGAAUUUAUUUAAUAUAAUAAAGUUUGCUACUUAUCUGUAUGUAGGUUGCUAAAAAGGAUUUUAACUCAGAUUUUUUAAGCCAAAUAACCAUUUAACACUAGUAUCUGUUAAAUGGGGUAUUUUCUGUAUUUGGAUGUUUCACUGGUAAUGGAACCAAUGAUCAUGUACAUCAAGAAUAUUUUGAAAAUAAUCAAUUGACACAAAUUUUAUUUCUUGGUCUUUUACUGUUUAAAUGAUGAUUUUUGAAAGAUUAAACUUGUACUGUUGGUAUUGUCUAGUGUAUGGACUAAUAUUGCCUGUAAUAAAAGAUUUUAUAUAGCAAUGAC